AUGGCAGUGGUGCUCACCAUUGGAAUGCCCAUAGAUCUCUUCCGAUCUGAGAGCACCUCUGCCGGUGUGAUGGUGACUGAAACAGGCUCUGGCUGUGUGAUGGUGAUGGAAACAGCCUCUUACUAUGAGAUGGUGAAUGAGUCAACAGAAGCCACUGCUGAAGAGAUUUGGUCCACUAAGACCCUGCUACUUCGGAGGCUCAACCCCCCGCGCAAACACCACUGGUGGCUGGAUCAGUUCUGUUGUUCUGUCUGUCUGGAUCUACUGAAGGAGCCAGUCACCAUCCCCUGUGGACACAGUUACUGUAGAAGCUGUAUUGAGGGCUGCUGGGAUCAGGAUGUUCUGAAAGGGGUCUAUAGCUGUCCUCCGUGCAGAGAGACCUUCAUUCCAAGGCCUACUCUGAGGAAAAAUAACAUGUUGGCUGAGGUGGUGGAGAAACUGAAGAAGACAGGACUCCAGGCUGCUCCCCCUCCUGCUCUGUGCUAUGCUGGACCUGGAGAUGUGGCGUGUGAUUUCUGCACUGGGACCAGAAAGCAGAAAGCCCUCAUGUCCUGUCUGGUGGCCUCUUACUGUGAGACUCACCUCCAACCUCACUAUGAAUCUCCUGCUUUCAAGAAGCACAAGCUGGUCAAAGCCACCGCACAACUACAGGAUCGUACCGAUCAGCAGUGUAUCUGUUAUCAGUGUGUGAUGGAUGAACAUAAAGGCCAUGAUACAGUGCAGGCUGCAGCAGAGAGGACUGAGCAGGCAGCAGUGGAGGACAGUGAUAAGAUCUUUACUGAGCUGAUCUGCUCCAUUGAGAGAAGGCGCUCUGAGGUGAAGGAGCUGAUCAGAGCCCAAGAGAAGGCUAAAGUGAGUCAAGCUGAAGGACUCCUGGAGCAACUGGAGCAGGAGAUAGCUGAGCUGAGGAAGAGAAGCACUGAGCUGGAGCAGCUCCCACACACAGAGGAUCACAUCCAUUUCCUCCAGAGUUCUCAGUCUCUCUCCAGUAUCAGUGUAUCUUCAGACUUAACC